AUGACUGGGCACCACCAUGCCUCAAGUGUCCUUACCCUCCUGGUUCUCUUGACAGGGGCUUCCCUCCUCCAUCUGUCCACCCCCGGUCCUGUCAACACCCCUGUAGGUGUCAGCGGUCCACACACGGUGUCAGGAGACGAGGAAAGAUGGGAUGAGGAGAGACAGUCACUACAGAAAGAAGAGACAGAGGAGGAACUCUUCAAAGAUGUGGACCCCAAAACCCUAGCAGCGGUUUUACUGGAGGCUCUGAAUCGUUCACAAGUAGAGAGAAGGAAGGAGGGAGGAGAACACGAGGGGAUGGAGGAGGAGACCAAGGCUGAGAGAGAAGUGAGAACAAUGGAGGGAGCAGACCGAGACAGAGAUGGACGACAGAAGUUAGAGCUGCUGAUGGCCACACAGGGGAAGGAGCAGGAAAGAGAGGAGGAGGAGGAGAGGAAGAGAGCUCAGGAGGAAGAGGAGAAGAUGACAGAGAAGGUGACCAGUCGUACCACGAGCCAGACAGUCCAGGUCCAAACAGAGCAGCGGCCCUCUGGUCCAGAUGGACGGGGGGAGAGCGGGAAGGUUUCAACUCAGCAGCAACCAACCAGCAGUGAGCAAGGCAGCAACGAGGAGGAGGAGCAGCUCAGUCCAGAGGAGCUGAAGAGCCUCGAGACCAUGAUGAAGGAGUUCCCACGUUUGGACACAGCCACCAAGAGGAAGGGAGAAUCGGAGCAGAACCAGAGAGAGAGCAGAGGCUACAGCAGCCACAAUGACAUCAUACCCAUCAACAAGGGCAGCAACCUCGCCAUGUCCAAGAAGAAGCUGAAAUGGCAGGAAGAGACGCAGAAAGGCCUCAACUUCCCGACAUUCAGGGGAGGCAACUUCAUGGAUGACUUUGAGGACAGUAACUAUGAUGAACCAGAGGACGAGGAGGAGAAGGAGGAGGAUGAAGAGGUGUUGAGUCCAGAGGAGGAGGAGGCUCGGGCCAAAGCAGAGCAGGAGGAGAUGAGGAGGCAGGCGGCCGAGGCACAGAGAGCCAAGAUGGAGGAGGAGAAGUUGGCCGACAUCGCCUCGGACAUGCUGCUGCGCUACAUGGUCAAACAGAACGGGAACAGGAAGUACAGCUCUUCCCUGUCCAACGCCGCAGAGGACAAGAGGUCCGACGAGGACCAGGAAGUGAUGGAGGAGGACGACAUCGAUCCUCAGACCAUUGACAAGCUGAUCGAGAUCUCCAGCAAGCUCCACCUCCCCGCCGACGACGUGGUGGACAUCAUCAGCGACGUGGAGAAGAAGAAGAAGAAAGACGUUCCGCCCGAGCUCAUGUCGCGUUGGCAGCAACCUCUGACUCCUCUGUCCUCUUCCUUCUCGUCCACCAAUGGUUUUACAGCACCGCAGGUUUCAACCAAUCAGAAUAACUUCCCUGUCUCGAAGCAACCCUCUCCGCCUGUCGGUCUGCACAAACCCUGGUUCCUGGAGAAAACACCAAAGUCACAGGAUCUGUGGAGCAGACCAAGCCCUCUGCUGGCCAGUGCAAACCUCUGGCCCAAACCUCAGAAGCCUCUGUCAAUCAAACAGGACCUCUGGCUCAAAUCACCCAAGUCUGUUUGGACUGGCUACCCCUCUUACCCCUACGUCUACCCCUUCUACUACCAGAGGAAGCCCUACCCAGACUACUACCCCAUCUAUUUUUCACCUCCCCCCAGACCCAGACCCCGUUACUACAUCCCCAAACCGGCUCUCACCCUCAACAACUUCCUGGGAAACUCUGUGGACGACGCCCACACUUUCCCUCCCAAACACCGUUACCACAGCUGGGUCCAACCCCGGCUCAGAAAACCCCCCCUCCAACAGAAGCCUUACUACACCAGCUACCCCCUCCCUCUGUACCCCCGGACAUUUCAGCCGGUCCCCGUUCCCAAAGCACGCCCCCCUCCCCGUAUGCCCGUAAUCUCUCCCGAGCAGCAGCAGAUGUAUUACUCAGGCCCGAGAGAUGAAGAGUAUUAUGCGGCGGGAAAACAGUCAGACAGCAGCAGACGUGACGAGCUGCAGAAAUACAUUCAACAGAUACUGAUGAAGAGACCGCAGAUGAAGGACUGA